CGUCAGAGCGUAUGGCACCGAUCCCUCGGGCUUCCCACACUAUGUCUCGUGCUGACGGAGUGUAUGACUUGGAGGCACAGUUGGGAUUCGGUGUCGGCACGGCACAGCACUUUACCAGGCUACUCAGAGGCUUCAUAACGCUCUUCACCACACGGCAGACGAGGAUACCGGGACGCGGGCUGAAUGACUGGAACUCGGACGACCACCAGCAGGGUCUAACCGAGGCGGCAACAGCGUUUCUCGAGGAUCAUGGACGGCAGCUGUGGCCCGACGAACAUGAACCGGUGGCGGCAGACGCCACGCGGAGACUUCACCACACGAGGGAUCACGACCGGUAAGUGCGGCAUGUUUUGUGUCCCCUGCUCCGCUCCGGGUUUGUUACUGCGUUGACUGAGCGUUCUGUUUCCAGGAUCGUCGUGUUGCUUCGCCACAUCAUCUUCAAGAAGAACAAGUACUGGCACAAGAACCACAUGAACAGGACGGGGCGAGGAAGCACAACGUCGUCGGGCAGCCCAGCCCAGCCCUCGACCCGCGAGCCCGAGCCCGAGCCCGAGCCCGAGCCGGCCACGACAUGGACGUUUCCUAGCCCUGAAGCCCCUGCAUCCCGUCCGCCCCUUGAGGGCUCGGGGUCGAGAGCUCCCGAGACUCACACCUCCAGCCGCUUCGACUCACGAGCAUUCGCCUUGUCUGCCGAAGGAAGCGGUGGGCCGCGGGUCCCCUACGCUUCGAUGCGGGCUGACUCCGUGGUGACAGACGGCGGCUCACGGGGUGCGGGCGAGGGCCCCGGGGGCGCAACACCAAUGUCAUAUGCGAGGAGGGGUGGCCAAAGUCCGCGUAGGUCCGCCCGCAAAUCCAGGCCCCCUUAUCGCGGGGACCAGGCGGACGAGGAGUUUGUUGAGCGCCUCAUCGCUUCAGAUCUCCCCGAGGAGCCACCAACCCCAGCCCCCAGACGUCGGAAGCGCAGGCGUGAUGGAGGCAGCGGCAGGUAUACCCAUAGAGCCAAGAGACAGGCACGAGCCCAUGUGGACAGCACCAGCGCCGGUGAAGCUGCCUCUGCUCUACCCCCUCGGCGGUCCCUUGCAGAAGCGGUGGGCCAAGCAUCAGCGACUCGGCCAGCCAGUACUGAUGGCUUGCACGAAGCCGGCCGGGUGACACGCGAGGCCCGAGUCGUCACCCUCAGGCUUCCAACGUCCUAUCCAUCCGUCGCGGCGGCAUACCAGACUGGCAUAGCUACGGGCGCAACCCAGCCGCCACGAGGACAGCCCACCGUCGCGCGGCCCAGUACCGAAGAAGCUUCAGGGUUUCGCACGGAGCUGGCACCAUCCUCCGUUGGCUCGGGUAGAGAUGCGCAAGGCGGCUCCGAGGGCAUGGAGUAUGGGCUUAGCCCCCGCUUUGACAGAAUGAUGGAGGAAUUCGUCAAUGACUUCUCGGCACAGUCCAAGACUCCAUCCUUGGCUGGCGGUGUCCACGACAGGGAGACAGAAGGCCCCUCGAUACGGCCCAGCACUCAUGGAGACGAGACGGUGCAGAGAGACGUGCAGACCGAGCAGGUCGAAGAGACGCGUACGCUGCCGGACCAGGAGCGUCGCAGUGUCGGCGAGAGAUCACCCACGCUCGAGCAAGAAGACGACAGGGCAGAGGUGCCACAGCCAGCCGCAGACCCGUCGCUUCCAGCAGGGUCCUCGGAUGCUGCCGGCAUGGGCCCUCCUCCCGUUCCCAGUUGGCCGGUAGACGACGAGGUGUCGUCGUCGUCAUCGCGUGGACGUGGGUUCCGGGCCCAGACUGCGCCUCCCUGGCUGUACAGACCGGGCCAACAGACCUCGGCUCACCCUUCGCCGCCACCGUCACCGACACGCGAGACUCCAUCGACGUCUUCACCGACACCUUCUGGAGGAUCCGGCACGGCAAGUGCGGUGGCGAUGGAGCCGGCGCCGCCUGUUGAGACUACAUGUAGCAAUGCUUCGCCGACGCAACCCGCAGCCGCCGCCACGCAUGUGCAUCAACCAGGCACAGGCCUCGAGGAGGGGCCUACAUUGGCGUUCGAUGACACGGUCCGUGCCCCCGGCGACGCCCCCGAGGAGCCGUAUAUAUAUCAGCUCAGAAACCACACUCACACGGCGAUGUGGUUCCCCGGUCGCCGCUUUGAAGAGCUGAAGCUGUCGGAUUUCAACGAGGGCAUCGCGGAGCUCACGGGACUUGAUUUCAACAACAGCGGCGCGAAGGGCGUUUCCAUCACCAUGAAGGCUCCGGGCGGGGAGGAGAUAUGCCACUGGAUACGGUAUGGAGGGGAUAGGGAGAUGGAGAAUUUUAGAAAGACUUUCCGGGAAUUCAUGAUCCUCGUCACCGGGUCUCGAAGGGACGGGGGUCACGGGGCGGCAUCGACCAACACGGAGGUGUUCAGGCUGACCAUUGAGCCGCUUACAGAAGAGGUCAAGAAGACGAUGAAACGGCAGCACCAGAGGUGGGUGCACGAGGGUGGUGCGGUGCCGUCUUGAAGACCUGCUGGUAGUUGCAUAUGAGCUCUGGGACAACACAUGCAGGCGGCUUCGGUGAGGGGUGGAACGACAUGUGAAAAACGGCGAUGAGAUUCAGAGUCAUGAUACCUGUUUUGAAAUACGUAUAAUCAUUCUUUACUGCGGAG